AUGGAAAAUCUACUGAAGGCCGACUUCUUCAACGCAACAAAUGAUUCAGUUAACACCAUGAUGUCCUCUGUGAUCUCAGUGACUCUUCCCAAAACUACCAACACUGCACUCAGCAAACCAGUCAACUUCACCUUCAGACACAUCAGAGAGUUUGACUCCAGUGGUUCAAUGCACUGUGUGUACUGGAAAAUCAGCGAGUGGAUUGUAGAUGGUUGUUCUGUGUUAAGCACCAACAAAAGCUUCACGGUGUGUUCCUGUGUUCAUCUGUCCACAUUUGCUGUCAUCAUGCAAACCAGCAGUCAUCCACCAGAGAGUGACUCUCUGCUGAAUGUGCUGAAUGUGGUGUGUGUGAUCGUGGGGCUGCUGUUCUUCAGUUUGGCCUUGUUGACCUUUGCUUUUUGUCAGUGGAGUCCUGGAGUGAAUAAUGUGGCCAGAAUCAACAUCUGCAUCAGUCUGCUGUUGGCUCACCUCCUGCUCCUGCUCACACAACAGUUCCUCAACCUCAUUCGCCGUCAGCAGGUGUUGUGUGCGCUGAUAUCAGGCCUUCUGCACUUCCUCUUUCUCUCCGGUUUUGUGUGGAUGUUCAUUGAAGCUGUGUUGCUCUUCAUCUGUGUGAAGAACCUAUCCCAGAUCAGCUCCCAAAAGAAGGAAGUGCUUCGCCACAGAUUCAUGUCUGUGAUAGGAUAUGUGGUUGCUCUGGUUGUGGUGGGCAUUUCUGCGGCAGUGGUUCCCAACGGCUACGGAAGUGAAAAAUGCUGGAUUAAAAUAGAUAAAGGCUUCAUCUGGAGUUUUUUGGGACCUGUUACCAUCAUAAUAGCUGUAACCAUGUUUAUUUUUAUAACAUGACUUUUAUUUAUAAGGAAAACAAUGUGAUUAAUACAGUUUAUUUUUUACUCUGCAGUUAAACAUAAUUCUCUUCAUCAGCAUCGGAAUCAGUUUGAAGUCAGCCUUCAAAAAACUGAACGCUGACGUUUCACGAUUAAA